UGCACAUGUGUGAGACUGGACGCCUCCAGAAGGACAGGCAAGGCCCAGCCACCUCCCUACAGGAACUGAGCCCCAUCCGGCUGCUGUGAGGCCCAGGAGAGCCAGAGCUAAGGAUUUCUUGUGUCUGGUCAGCCCAUCCUGGAUGCCCGGGAAGAUGUCGGUGGUGCAGUGAAUGCAGCCUGGUGGCUGGAGAGUGCAGCUGCAUUGCCCAUGGAGCUGCAGGCCCCGGAGGCCUCUGCCCAGCUCCUUUUACCAGCUCUGGAGAGGCCAGAGGCUUAGACUCAGAGAGGAGGGUAUUGUGGACAGAUGCCCCCACACUGUGGGAGCUCCUGAGCUAGUUGGUGAGCCAGGGCUCUGGAGAGGAAGAUGCCAGCCAAGGGGCGCUACUUCCUCAAUGAGGGAGAAGAGGGUCCUGACCAGGCGGCACUCUAUGAGAAGUAUCGCCUCACCAGCCAGCACAGACCGCUGUUGCUGGUGCUGCUGGUGGUGGCCGUUGCUGCCUGCGUUGCACUCAUCGCCAUCACCUUCAGCCACAAGGACUCCUCUGGACACCAAGCCAUCCUGGGCACAGCAUUCUUCACACUCAUGGUGUUCACAGCUCUCUAUGUGCUGGUGUACAUUGAGUGCCUUGUGCAGCGAUGGCUGUGGGCCCUGGCACUGCUCACCUGGGCCUGCUUCAUGAUGCUGGGCUAUGUGCUGGUGUGGGACUCCUGGAAGAGGGCAGCCUGUGCGUGGGAGCAGGUGCCCUUCUUCCUGUUUAUCAUCUUUGUGGGGUAUACGCUGUUGCCCCUCAGCAUGCGGGGCGCCAUCACCGUGGGGGUGCUUUCCUCUGCCUCCCACCUCCUGGUGUUCGGUGCUCUGAUGGGGAUCUUCACGAAGCCCUUCGUCCAGGUGGGGCUGCAGCUGCUGGCCAACACCAUCAUCUUCCUGUGCGGGAACUUCACGGGUGCCUUCCACAAGCACCAGAUGCAGGAUGCCUCCCGGGACCUCUUCACCUACACGGUCAAGUGCAUCCAGAUUCGCCGGAAGCUGCGUGUAGAGAAGCGCCAGCAGGAGAACCUGCUACUGUCUGUGUUACCAGCCCACAUCUCCAUGGGCAUGAAGCUAGCCAUCAUCGAGCGGCUCAAGGAGAACGGCGGCUGCCGUUACAUGCCCGACCACAACUUCCACAGCCUCUAUGUGAAGCGGCACCAGAACGUCAGCAUCCUGUAUGCAGACAUCGUGGGCUUCACCCAGUUGGCCAGUGACUGCUCCCCCAAAGAGCUGGUGGUGGUACUGAAUGAACUCUUCGGCAAGUUUGACCAGAUUGCCAAGGCCAACGAGUGCAUGCGGAUCAAGAUCCUGGGUGACUGUUACUACUGCGUGUCUGGCUUGCCCGUAUCCCUGCCCACCCAUGCCCGCAACUGUGUGAAGAUGGGGCUGGACAUAUGCGAAGCCAUCAAGCAGGUGCGGGAGGCCACGGGCGUGGACAUCAGCAUGCGUGUCGGCAUCCACUCAGGGAAUGUGCUGUGUGGGGUCAUCGGGCUGCGCAAGUGGCAGUAUGACGUGUGGUCCCAUGAUGUGUCUCUGGCCAACAGGAUGGAGGCGGCCGGAGUCCCAGGCCGGGUGCACAUCACAGAGGCGACACUGAACCACUUGGACAAGGCCUAUGAGGUGGAGGAUGGGCAGGGGCAGCAGCGGGACCCCUACCUGAAAGAGAUGAACAUCCGCACUUACCUGGUGAUCGACCCUCGGAGCCAGCAGCCACCCCCACCCAGCCAACAACCCCCGAGGCCCAAGGGAGAUGCGGCCCUGAAGAUGCGGGCUUCUGUGCGUGUGACCCGCUACCUUGAGUCCUGGGGGGCAGCACGGCCCUUCGCACACCUCAACCACCGCGAGAGCGUAAGCAGCAGCGAGACACUCAUCCCCAAUGGGCGCAGGCCCAAGGCCAUUCCCCUACGGCGCCACCGGACCCCUGACAGAAGUGCAUCCCCCAAAGGGCGCUCAGAGGAUGACUCCUACGACGAUGAGAUGCUGUCGGCCAUCGAGGGGCUCAGCUCCACCAGGCCCUGCUGCUCCAAGUCUGAUGAUUUCCACACCUUCGGGCCCUUCUUCCUGGAGGAGGGCUUUGAGCGAGAGUACCGCCUGGCACCCAUCCCUCGGGCCCGCUAUGACUUCGCCUGUGCCAGCUUGGUUUUCCUCUGCAUCUUGCUCGUCCAUGCCCUGGUGAUGCCCAGGAUGAUGCCCCUGGGUGUGUCCUUUGGGCUGGUGUCCUGCCUGCUGGGGCUGGUGCUAAGUCUGUGCUUUGCUACUGAGUUCUUGAGGUGUUGCCCAGCCCAGGGGAUGCUGCAGGCCGUCUCUGGAUGGGUGGAGACACGAACUCUUCUGAGGCUGUUUCUGGCUGUGCUGACCAUCGGUAGCCUGCUCACUGUCGCCAUCAUCAACCUGCCACUGAUGCUCGACUCAGCCCUGGGGCUGCCUGGUGGCAAUGAGACCAGCCUGCCGGCCUCAAGGAGCAAGGACAGGACCCUGUGUGUCCUCCUCCCAUACUACAGCUGCAGCUGUAUCCUGGGCUUCAUCGCCUGCUCGGUCUUCCUGCGGAUGAGCCUGGAGCUGAAGGUCCUGCUGCUGACGGUGGCCCUGGUGGCCUACCUGGUGCUCUUCAACCUCUCCCUGUGCUGGCAGGACCACUGUGCCCACAGCCCAGGCAACUUCACCCAGGCCAACACCACCAUAAGCAGUGCACUGGACUAUUCACCAAGGGACCUGAAGACCAUGAUCAACUUCUACCUGGUUCUGUUCUACAGCACUCUGGUCAUGCUGUCCAGACAGAUCGACUAUUACUGCCGCCUGGAUUGUUUGUGGAAGAAGAAGUUCAAGAAGGAACAUGAGGAGUUUGAGACCAUGGAAAACGUGAACCGCCUUCUCCUGGAGAAUGUCCUGCCAGCCCAUGUGGCUGCCCACUUCAUUGGAGACAAGCUAAAUGAGGACUGGUACCAUCAGUCCUAUGACUGUGUCUGUGUCAUGUUUGCAUCUGUGCCGGACUUCAAAGUGUUCUACACAGAGUGUGAUGUCAACAAGGAGGGGCUGGAGUGUCUGCGCCUGCUCAACGAGAUCAUCGCUGACUUCGAUGAGCUGCUGCUGAAGCCCAAGUUCAGUGGCGUGGAGAAGAUCAAGACCAUUGGCAGCACCUACAUGGCAGCUGCAGGGCUCAGUGUUCCUUCGGGGCAUGAGAACCAGGACUUGGAGCGGCAGCACACGCACAUCGGCGUCAUGGUAGACUUCAGCAUCGCCCUGAUGAGCAAGCUGGAUGGGAUCAACAGGCACUCCUUCAACUCCUUCCGCCUCCGUGUCGGCAUGAACCAUGGGCCUGUGAUUGCUGGAGUAAUUGGAGCCCGAAAACCUCAGUAUGACAUCUGGGGAAAUGCAGUCAACGUUGCCAGCCGCAUGGAGAGCACUGGAGAACUGGGCAAAAUCCAGGUUACUGAAGAGACAUGUACCAUCCUCCAGAGACUAGGCUACUCUUGUGAGUGCCGGGGGCUGAUCAACGUUAAGGGCAAAGGCGAGCUACGAACUUACUUCGUUUGUACAGACACUGCCAAGUUUCAAGGCCUUGGGCUGAACUGAAGACUUCCAGUGGCCAAUCUCCUUCACUGAGCAAACCAAGACCCAACUCUGUGGAAACAGCAUUUGGCCCAAGGCCAGGUCCUGGCAGCAAGGCUGCUUAGAUGACACUUUAACCUCUGCUGUCAAGCUAUGCUUCCACGUCAGCUGGUGUACUGAAUGUACUUGUGAGCAUGCACAAAAGACCAAUGCUUUAUAGGUCAAUGGAGGAGUAGGCUGGGCUGUGCAGUAUGGGUCUGUUCUAUCCAGCAGGACAAGCAUUCUGGCAAGUGGAGUUUACAGCUGUGUAUCAUUUCUUUAACCACUCACCACAUGUAAAUAGGACUACUGUCCAGUGACCUGGGUAUUUAUGGGAUUAACCUAGCUGGGGUAUAAAUCCUACGGAAUGUGGCUUACAGCAAGAAGGAGUGUCAAGCCUGGACUUAGAAUCAGGCAACUUUGAUACAAGUCUUCUGGGACUACGUUCAAUAAGCUGAAAAGGCUUGAAAUAAGGUGUAAUCUUUCUACUUUUUCCUGACUGCCAUCUUUGAGUUCUCUCUUAGUCUUCAACUAUCAACUACGUCUUUUUUCUUUUUCUUUUUUUGCCAGUUCUGAGACUCAGAACCUUAUGCUCCCACAUGAGGCCACACCCACUUUUGGCUUUUUGCUGGUUAAUAGGAAAUCAGAAUCUUGGGAUUCUUCUGUGAGCUGACUUUGAACCUGGAUCUUCAUAUCUCAGCCUUCUGAGUAACUAAGAUUGUAGGUGUGAGCCACAAGCACCAGGCUAUAUGCUGCUUAUUUAUUCACAUUCUUUAGCCAAUGCCUGACCAUUUUUCUUUUUUUGGAGACAAGUUUUAUUGUGUAAUCCCAGCUGGUUUGGAACUGACAAUCUUCUUCUAUCCACCUUGAGUGCUGGGAUUAUAGGUAUGUACCACCAUGCCUGUCUUUUUUGUGUUGAUAGUGGGAGAAUAGUAUCUGUAUAUAGGACUUGGACAGCCUGUGCUAUUUCUUGACAUGAGUCUUCACAACUAAAUCUGGAAAGCUUCAAAAUCAGGAGGAGCAGCUAGGGGAAUGGUUCAAGUGUGAGACCUUGAACUCAAACCUCAGCCCUGCUAGGCCAGCCUCUCACAAAUGCUGAACCCUUUCUUUCAAUGAGUCAAGGAAAAAAACGAGCUUUGGAAGAUCGCAUCUUAUACUCUGCUUCAGUUCCACAAGAAGCUGAAAAAAGGCGAACUGUUUCAAGGUGAGAAAUGACUGAACUGCUCGUUCCUUUAUAUGGAGUGGUCUUCACUUCAUGAUUAGUGCAUUCCCAGGAUCUCUAAACCCACUGAGCUUCACAAUACUACAGGAUUUUUAGAAGCCACUUACAAACCUGGAGUUACCUAGAAAAUCCUCCUCAUAGGACUAGAGCUAGGACACCUGACCUGCCAGGUUUGCAAUGAGUUGUGACCCUCAAUGGGGCAAAGGGGAGUGACAGGACCUGUUUUGGGGCCAGGGACUGCUCUGCUGCACUUGCAUGUACCUGUAACCAGUCCUCACAGCACAAGAACCUACUGUGUAAAGGACUCUUAUGGUUAAAAUGCUGGGGUAAGGAGCAGAGUCUUGUUUAAGUUGAUUUGUUUAUAUAUCCUCUUGUCACAAGAGGAUUGGUUUCAGGUGAGCCCUGCGCUGAACUCUGUGUUCUUCAACUCUAGCAGUGAUCAGUGUCCCUGGCAAGGUGGAAGGUUCCAGCUGCCAGGAGAGUGGAGGCAAGGCCCAGCCUGAGUCAACACCUGCGUACCCUCCCAACAUGCAAGUCAGAUUUUAUUUCAGCAACAGGAAGCCCAGCUGGGAGUUACCGUUCUUGUAUUGUUAGGUGCAAUUAAAGUACUGUGCUAAGA